CAAACAGAAAGCCGCGAGCUAGCUGCCCAACCAAAUCGAGACGCGAAUACCCACCCGAUCCAUCCGUCCACCCACACAGCUUACCUCGAUGGCCGCCGCAGCGCCGGACUCCGGCGACCUCAUCCUGGUCGAGCCGGCGGGGCCGGGGUCCCAGGUCGCCGUGGUCACCAUCAACCGCCCCGACGCGCUCAACGCGCUGACGCGGUCCAUGAUGAUCUCCCUGGCCUCCGCGUUCCGGCGGCUGGACGCCGACGACGGCGUGGCCGCCGUGGUGCUCGCGGGGCGAGGACGCGCCUUCUGCUCCGGGGCCGACCUGCAGGCGGCAGAGGAGAUCUUCAAGGCCGACGUCAACGACCCCGCCGCCGACACCGUCAAGCAGAUGGAGCUCUGCCGCAAGCCCAUCGUCGGCGCCAUCGCCGGGUUCGCAGUCACCGCCGGGUUCGAGAUCGCACUCGCCUGCGACAUCAUCGUCGCUGGACGCUCCGCCAAGUUCCUCGACACACACGCCAAGUUUGGGAUAUUCCCUUCUUGGGGUCUUUCACAGAAGCUCUCUCGUCUCAUUGGGCCAAAUAGAGCACGGGAGGUGUCGCUAGCUUGCAUGCCUAUCACUGCUGAACUGGGGGAGAAGUGGGGACUUGUGAACCACAUUGUGGAUGAUAGUCAGGUGCUGACGAAGGCCAUAGAGGUUGCCGAGGCCAUUACGAAGAACAACCGCAACUUGGUGGUGCUAUACAAAUCAGUUAUAAAUGAUGGGCUUCAGCUGGACAUGGAACACGCCCGAGUUCUUGAAAAGGAAAGAGCUGUCAAAUAUUACAAUGGCAUGACAAAGGAGCAAUUCGCAAAUAUGCAGAAGUUUAUACGAGGACGGAGUUCUAAAGCACCAUCUAAGCUGUAGAUGCGGUGCUCUGUAAGUACUUCUACUGAAAGAGGGUCCACGUCCAGUAACCUGAAGAAAGAUAAGCCCUGUCAAUAUGAGAAUAAGCAUACAGAGUAGGUACUUAUUACUGAAAGAAGAUCCACGUUCUUUUGCGUUUGAAAAUUUCGGUCUCCACAUUGCUUCACAUUUAAUAAAGUUAUAAAGAGCAUGAACAUGUGUUGCAGUUAACUUGAAAAAGGUACGUGUGUUGCAAUUAACACGUGUUUGGAGUCAAGUUUCAAUAACUUUUCUUGUACUACCCAUCUAUAUGGUGGUUGGCAUUAUCGGAUGAUUCCAUGUAGCCUGUUA